AUGGAGAAUGUCAAGUCGAGCAAACAUGGAGAGAUGAGUCCUAAACUUUUGUUCGAGAUCAAACUUCACGGGUUUCUACUAUGGGCUUCGGUUGGCUUCCUAAUGCCAUUUGCAGUACUCGUGAAGAGGAUGUCGAACAGAGAAGCGUCCGGAAGCAGGUUAAGAGUCAUAUUCUAUGUUCAUGCUAUUGCACAGGUUUUAUCGGUGCUCCUUGCAACAGCAGGAGCAGUAAUGUCGAUAAAAUUCUUCGACAACUCAUUCAACAACGUUCAUCAAAGGAUCGGUUUAGCCUUCUAUAUCAUCAUGUGGUUGCAAGCACUGCUCGGCAUCUUUAGGCCACGAAGGGGAAGCAAAUGCAGAAGCAUUUGGUUUCUUUUUCACUGGCUAGUCGGCAUAUGUGUUUCCUUACUCGGUAUCAUCAACAUAUACACCGGUUUACAAGCGUACAAAAGGCGAAUGUCAAAGGACACGAGGAUUUGGAACAUCAUUUUCACAGCCGAGGUCUCAAUCAUACUCUUCCUCUAUCUUAUCCAAGAAAAAUGGGAAUAUAUAUGGAAACAAGGCACGAUAUUAGGAAAUAAGCCCGUAAGGCUCACAGAAAGAGAAAUGUCGCUGACCUGUCAACAGAAAGAAGCAUCACCCGAGCCUUGUUGA